AUACUUUCUCUUUUUCCCUCCAUAUGCCUUUUGUGUGUAUAAAUAUAUGUAUAUGAAUAAGUUCACAAAAAUAGAAAAUUAAAUCAAAUCUUCGCGUAAUUUCUCAUCAAACUCCACUUUUCUUCUUUUUAAGAGAAUCUAGGGUUUCUUCUACUACUUCUUCUUUCUUCUUUAGGUGGUCAAAUUUCCAAGUUCUUCUUUUAGCUCUCUCUUUUGUUUCCAAGAAACCUGAGAAGAAUUUUUGUAGAUAUGGGAAGAGGAAGGGUUCAGCUACGGCGGAUCGAGAAUAAGAUAAGGAGACAAGUGACAUUUUCAAAGCGAAGGACCGGUUUGGUAAAGAAAGCUCAAGAGAUCUCAGUGUUAUGUGAUGCUGAAGUUGCUUUGAUUGUUUUCUCCCCCAAAGGCAAACUCUUUGAGUACUCUGCUGGUUCCAGCAUGGAGAGAAUUCUUGAUCGAUAUGAGAGGUCUGCCUACGCCGGUCAAGAUAUUCCUACACCAAAUUUGGAUUCACAGGGAGAGUGCUCAACAGAAUGUUCAAAGCUCUUGAGGAUGAUUGAUGUCCUGCAAAGAAGCCUGAGGCACUUAAGAGGAGAAGAGGUGGAUGGUCUAAGUAUCAGAGACCUUCAAGGUGUGGAGAUGCAACUUGAUACUGCCCUCAAGAAAACUCGCUCUAGAAAGAACCAGCUCAUGGUAGAGUCCAUAGCACAGCUUCAGAAAAAGGAGAAGGAACUAAAAGAACUGAAGAAACAGCUAACAAAGAAGGCUGGUGAAAGGGAAGACUUUCAAACGCAAAACCUCAGCCAUGACUUAGCCUCCUUGGCAACACCGCCAUUUGAAUCACCCCAUGAGCUUCGCCGGACAAUAUCUCCUCCUCCUCCUCCUUUAUCUUCGGGGGAUACAUCACAAAGGGAUGGAGUUGGAGAAGUAGCUGCCGGAACCCUAAUUCGAAGGACGAAUGCAACGUUGCCUCAUUGGAUGCCCCAGCUCACCGGAGAAUAGAGGUCCGAAACAAUCUUGGUUUUUUAAUUUUCUGUACUUAAUAUAUAGUACCGGAAUAACUUCUUGAGUUAAGUAGAACCAAUCCGAAUAAAAGAAAAUAUCUUCUGGCUUGGCAUUCUAGGAACAGGCUUAAGAGGCCCUCAAGUUUCAAACUUUGAACGAAUUUAGAAACAUUGUAUGUCUAAUGUGAUUUUGUAUAUUGUAUCUACGAUUUUCACUUUACUGUUUGUGAAAAAUGUAAUUUCAGUGUAAUGAAAAAGAAGAAAAGAACUAUAAACUAUAUUUU